AAUCAAAGUCACGAAGACCAAACAGAAAGAAGAAACAGUGGAGCCUCCAUCCAACGAAGCCAACGAAAGGAAAUAGAGAUAGAGACCCAUAGAAGGUAGAAUAGAUACCAACGGAAGUGAGAAGAGCACCACAAUAAUCAUGGCAACUGAAGCUCAACAGAAGGAACGGGAGGAGGCUAUGGGAUCCCUCGAAAGCAUUCUCAAAUCCAACAAAGGAACCAAGCCACGAAAUUUCCGGGAAGGAUUGACACACGGCGUGAGCAACAUUGUUGGUGGAGCCGUGGGAGCAGCAGGGGUAGCAGUUCUUGCCCCCACCGUCGGUUUGGCUCAAGGUGCCAAGAAUGGAGGCGUUUUGGGAGGAGUUGUUGGUUUGACCGGUGGAGCAGUCGUGGGCGUUGUUGGCGCUGUCGGCCUGGCUGUUGGAGGAGUGGCAACUGGCGUCACUCAAAUUGUACAAGGUACAGCAGCCACUCCCAAGGCCAUUAAAGCACAGUCCAAGGGCCAGUGGUGGAACGAAAUUGAAGGGAGAUGGGUCAGCACCAAUCUGCAAGAAGAUGCCAAUGAUAUCCAGAGCAUCCCUGCCGAUGAUUCCGACAUUCUGCGAAAAAUUGAAGAUAAAUUGGAUAGUCAGACACACCUUGACGUGGACAAGCCCGUCAAGGAUACCCGGUAUUACGAUGUGCUGGAGGUGGAUCCCAAUGCCGAGUCAUCGGCCAUCAAGAGAAAAUAUUACAUCCUUGCGAGAAAAUAUCACCCAGAUAAAGUUGGAGCAGACGACCAGGAAGCAGCCAACAAAUUCAAGGAUAUCGCAGAAGCCUACCAAGUUCUCAGCGAUCCCUCAUUACGAUCAGUCUAUGAUAGAGAGGGUUUAGAAGGAUUGAGCCCAGACAAAACAAGCACCGCCGGAUCAGGUCAACCAAAGGUCGAUCCAGCCCUGUUGUUUGCAUUCUUGUUUGGCUCGGACAAGUUCCAAGAUUAUGUUGGACGAUUGGCCACUGCAACCUCUGCCAGUAUCGGAGAUUCUCAAGAUCUUUCGGCUGGAAGUGCUAGAUUGCUUCAGAUUAGAAGAGUCAAGCGGCUGGCGGUUACAUUGGCAGUGAAACUGCAAAACUGGGUGGAUGCUGCCGGCACCAAAGAAGCGGAGGCUGGAUGCAAAGAAAGAUGGGCAAAGGAGGCUCAAGAUUUGAGUUCGGCAAGCUACGGCAUUCAACUUGUACAUACGAUUGGGCAGAUCUACAUGUUGUCAGCAGUGCAAUUUCUUGGCUCGGUCGAUUCCGGCAUUGGUUUGCCAAGCAUCUCAAGAUGGGCGAAAUCUCACCAUGCCAGGAUACAAGAAAGGCAGCUGCACGGUAAGAAUGCAAUUCAAGGGAUUACCACAGGCAUCGAUAUGAUGGCACUUCAACAACAAUAUGAACAAAAGAUGAAAGAAGUCCAAACGGACGAAGAACGAGAGGCUGCAACCAGAGAAAUGGAAAAGGCCGCAUCGGAGAAUUUGUUAAAGGUCUUGUGGACGACUACGGUGGUAGAUCUGACCAGCACGCUCCACGAGGUAGCUCAGAUGGUUUUCUUCGAUGAAUCAGUCGACAAGAAAGCGAGAAAGCUCCGCGCUCAGGGACUGAAGGCAUUGGGCCACACUUUUAUGGAUUGUCCGCCACCAGCAAAGGAUGGAUCUGACAGGGAAAUGGAUGCACGGGAUGUGUACGAGGAAGCUGCUUUCAAUGCGAUGCUAGAAACAAUGAGACGCAAGGACGAGGCUUCCUUCAGGGCAUCGAUGAGAUGAUAGAAAUGGCUCGACCUCAACUCGGCAAUGGCGGAAAACGGCGAACCAGGCGGAGCCUAGUCUAGAAUCUACAGAUCAAGACUGUUUGGAUUUGAAAUAACUUUUGUUCAAUGU